AUGGGGGAUAACGGCGACAAUCAGAACCAAGUUCCUGUCGCCGACCUCGCUGCCGCCCUGGAAACUCAAGGGCAGGAGCUCACUCGGCUACAGCAGCAAUUGGCCAUGCAAAAUGUAGGACCUGCACGCUCCUGCAAGCUUCCCCCCGUCUGGAAGGAAUCGCUGGAGGGCUGGUUCGCGCACGCCGAGUCCAUGAUGGCAUGCCAUGGCGUCACCGCUGAUGAGAUGCGCUACAACCUCAUCGUGACCGCUCUGGACGCUGCUAUGACGAGGGACCUUCUGGACGUGCUGCAGGACCCACCGGCCGAAGGCAACGGCUUCGCACACUGUACAGCGGCAUCCAGACGCAAGCCGUCGAGCAUCCUCCACGAGAUGAGGCGUCUCGCAGGCACCAGUAUCGACGACGCUGGGCUGAAGGUUCGCUGGCUCGACGUGCUGCCGCCCAUGUCGCAGCAGGUUCUCUGCGUCAUGCGCAACGCCUCGCUUCAGGAGCUAGCUGAAGCCGCAGACGAGCUUUACAAGCUGCCAGGCGCCUCCGUGUCAGCAGUGAGGCAGGGCUCACGUGGCACAUCGCCGGCUCGCACUGCCUCCACCGGCUCUUCCAUCAGUGGGGACAUCGCUGAUCUGCGUGCCGGGAUGGCACAGCUGCUGUCAGCCACGAAGCUGAUCCUCGAGGCUGUCACCGCCUUGACGCAGUUCUCGCGUCCUGGUUCGCAGCAGUCCGGACGUGACCGCAGCCGAAGCCGUGGCUCAGGAAGCCGCUCGGCCUCACCAGCACCCAACGGCCACUGCUACUACCACUAUCGUUUCGGUGCUUCAGCAGAGCACUGCCGUCAGCCCUGCACUUUCGUCGCCAGCUCGGCGCCAAAAAACUAA